CGUUGAAAACGCUAUCGGUAAAGACAAGGGAAGCAGGGAUGUAUCACGGAGCUAUGGCGCGAAGGGAGAAGGAGAAGGGAGGGGAGGAGGACGAAGAAGAGAUGGCAGAGCAGCAGAGGCUUGCGACAGCCUUGGCGGAGCCAUUAGCAGAUCUACCGCCCGUUGAUUUCGCCGUCGCUUAUGGUUCCGCAGUCUUCUCUCAGCGUCUGCAGGGAGGAAGAGGAUUGGGAGGAGGAGGAGGAGGAGGAGAAGGAGGAGAAGGAGGAGAAGGAGGAGGAGAAGGAGGAAGAGGAGAGGGGGCGGAGAAGCAGAUGGAUCUGGAAGAGUGGGAAUCGUUGUACGCGAGCGGAAGGCUGCAGAAGCCUGUCAAAGUGCUGAUCGAUGACGUUGACAUGAUGGGACGAUCCUUUUCCAAGAACUCGAGGUCGGCUAUGGCGGCAGCGAUGCUGCUGCUCCCGAUUACCUUCUCCGAAAUGGAGCUUCUUUUGUCGCUUUGUGGUCUGUCUUAUCUGCGGCGACUUGAGAAUGGGACUCGCAGAGGAUCGGGACAAGGAAUGUUAUCGUCUGUAGGGAAACAGGCAAAGGGCAUAAAAGAGUUAUCAACACUCUCUAUAACAAGGGAAGUUGAGCAGUCAGCUGCAGGUCUCUCCCAGGAACCUGAAUCUGAUCAACAACCUGCUCUUGAAACCCAGACUGAUGUUGAAUCCAAGGUUGCCGCAGUCCAAGUAUUUUACACUGAGCCUUGGGAGGAGAUUAAGGAAGUCAACUUCCACUCUCACCUGGAACAUUGGCUGCAGCUCAAGCAGCAACAUUGUGUUCAAGGGAAUGUGGAACUGAUCUUCCUUAAGCUGCUCAUUAACCGUCGAUACAUCCACGUGUUGAUUGAUAAUGGCUCAACGACUAAUUUCUUUUCUCCUAAUGGGAUCCGUAAGGCGGGCCUGGGAAUGAAGCAAGUGGAAUUGCAGAACCCUUGUCAGACCCAGGUAGGCAACCAAGAGGUUGUCACCUCAACACAUGUUGUCAAAGGUGUGUGCGUCACCUUUGACAAGGAUCGCACUGUCACAAAUGAGCUAAACUUCUACAUCCUGGACAAGUGUCCUUUCGACGCAGUCAUUGGCUUGGGCUGGUUAAAGGCUCAUUGUCUAAGGACCACGUGGGCAGAUACUCAGUUCGUGGUGCGUGAUGCAAAGGGGAACGAGUGUACCGUUAUAUUGACGAGACGCGCGAGUCCCCAGUGACUCUUUUGAGUGCAAACAAAUUCUGCAAAUCGGU